CCCGCUGCAUCACAUGACAACCCUCCGCUGGCCUGCUGGAGCUAACAUGCUAUCCCCCUCUGCUGUCAACAACCACGAAGAAGUGACGGGAAUAAACCUCAACUGAACUCCUCCAAGUGUAAACCCUCCACCUGUACCCUGGGCAUUGCAGAGAAAGGGACUCGUCUCCUUUUCCUACUUCACUCUCUUCAAGACAUCAAGUCAUUAAACUUUCGCUCAAUAAGUCACAGAGGUUUUGGCAUCAUCCUCGAGGCUCAUCAGUUUAAGCAAGUCCUCCAUCAGCGCCGGGAUAUCGACAGACUGAGGUUGUGGACUCAUGGGCAAGAUGAAUAGGCGAUAAAUAAGACAUCAAACUUCAGAGGUAAGGUACACGUUGAUUUCGUAAUGACAAGCUGCUGUGCAGAAGAUGUCCACGCUGCCUGUGACUGAUAUCCCAGAUGUUGGUCAUGAUGAGAGUAAGGUGUUUGACGGGGCAGAGCUGCAGCUGGACUGCAUGGUUGAGGAGAGCGCUGGAAGCACCACAAUGAAGCACGAAAGCUUGCUGUCGCUGGCUGACCUGUCCCAGCCAGACGACUUCCCCGUGCACCCUCAUAAUGGCCCUUCACUGACCGAGAUGAGCAGCACUCUGCCGGUGGAGCCCAGUGAUAUCAAACUCGAUCCGGCUGCAUGCGACAUAUCCGCCAGCAUAGAUGGUCAGCCGGUAAAGAGAAAGAAGGGUCCUGCUCCGAAGAUGCUGGGUAAUGAAGUGUGCAGUGUAUGUGGUGACAAGGCCUCUGGUUUCCACUACAACGUGCUAAGCUGUGAGGGCUGCAAGGGCUUCUUUCGACGCAGUGUCAUUAAGAGCGCCCAGUACUCCUGCAAGAACAACGGCCGCUGUGAAAUGGACAUGUACAUGCGCCGCAAGUGCCAGCAGUGCCGCCUGCGCAAGUGUCGGGAGGCGGGCAUGCUGGAGCAGUGUGUGCUCUCCGAGGAGCAAAUCAGACUGAAGAAGAUGAAGAAGCAGCACGACGAGGAAUCGGCCCGGACGUCCACCGUGGUCACCCCCACCCCUCCACAGGAAGUAGCCGCACUGGAUCCACAACAGCAGGAGAUGAUCGAGAAGCUGGUGGCUAUGCAGAAGCAAUGCAACAAGAGGUCCUUCCUUGACCGACCAAAAGUGACGCCGUGGCCACAGAGUCAGGACUUACAGAACAGAGAAGUGCGUCAGCAGCGUUUCGCCCACUUCACUGAGCUGGCAAUCAUGUCAGUGCAGGAGAUCGUGGAUUUUGCUAAGCAGCUUCCUGGAUUCCUCGAGCUCACAAGAGAGGAUCAGAUUGCUCUGCUGAAGACGUCUACCAUUGAGAUUAUGCUGCUGGAGACUUCUCGGAGAUACAACCCUGCCAUCGAUAGCAUUACAUUUCUAAAGGAUUUCAGCUAUAAUAAGGAGGAUUUCGCGAAAGCAGGGCUUCAGUUUGAGUUCAUUAACCCCAUCUUUGAGUUUUCAAAAGGCAUGAACGACCUGCAGCUGGACGAGGCAGAAUACGCCCUGCUAAUUGCUAUCAACAUAUUCUCUGCAGAUCGGCCUAAUGUGCAGGAUCAUGAUCUCGUGGAGAGGCUGCAACAACCGUAUGUGGACGCUCUGCGCUCUUACAUCAUGAUAAAGAGACCAAAUGAUCACUUGAUGUUCCCCCGUAUGCUGAUGAAGCUGGUGAGCCUUCGCACACUAAGUAGCGUCCACUCGGAGCAGGUUUUUGCCCUUCGCCUACAGGACAAGAAGCUCCCCCCGCUGCUCUCCGAAAUCUGGGACGUCAACGAGUGACUGCAAACCUGAUGUCACACUCCGUGGCUUUUUGAAGCCUGAGACAGACAUGGUUAUCCAGCAGGAACACUGACUUCUCUCUGCCCAUCUGGUCAUGGAUUGGUUCUAGGGUUAAGUUGUUUUUUUUUUUUUGUUUUUUUUUUGUGAGAGGAGAGCCUUUAUUGCUCUCAAACAAGACUGCUUAAAUGGUUUUGUGUUCAUAAGGAGAAACAUGAACACCUAGUUUUUCUUUGAGCCUUUUGUUGUUCUUCCUUUUGUGUUGAUGCUGACAUGAUUGUGACAAUAUUAAAUACCAGCAUCGGGCUCUUUAGCCAGUUAUCUCUGAUUUAAUACCUGUUUUGAAAGUCAAUCUCUAGUGCAGUUGUAAACUCAUCCUCUAACAAUUUAAAUCAGAAAGCUCUGAGCAGGUUUUUAGCUGUCGCCGUCUCAAAACGUGAGGAUUACAAGUUGCACAUUUGGUCGAAAAAAUAGCGGUUUUUAUUUUGCAGUCGUGCAAUAGGUGGAUUGGAAGCAGUCGGGCUCGAGCAGACCCGCAUCUGCUGUUCACUUUAUUCAUGUUGAGAUAAACGGUAGGCCAUCAGAUUGGUAUUGUGCAUUGUGACGUGGCAACUAAAAGUUUUUGUUCAUUUUUUGAAGUUAGUGCAGAAAUCAAAAGAUUGGUGUAGUUGCUCAGGUAAAGUAAUGUGAAGUAGACCUCUGGGAAUUAGCGGCAUCUUUAAUUUCUAUUAGAUUACUCGCGUUUUCUUCCAAGUGCAUAAGGGACCCUUUUGGUCUUUAAUAGAUGCCCAUAAACUUUUAUGUAAAUUGUAUAUUUAUUUUCACAAGAAAAAUGUAUAGAGCGCACACAUAAAAAGUAUCCACGACAUUGUACAAUCACAUACUAACGCACAAGAAGGUAAUAGUCUGCAAGAGCUGAUGGAAGAGGGAGCGGCACAGGGCGCGCAUUUACAGGAAAUGGUGAUGUGACUUAAACUUUUUUUUUUUUUUUUUUUUUUUUUUUUAAACGCAGCACAUUGCUUCUUUGGAAGGGAUGGUACUGAUGUGUCAUGAAAUUCCAUGUAAAGAUGAAAUAUUUUUUAAAAAGAAGAAGAGGAAGAAAUCAAGCUACCAUUUAUGACGCCCUCUUUUCAAAUGAAUAAAACCCUAAGUUGACAAAGUUGUAAUUUUUAAAUUAGUUCAGAAAUGAUUGCUCCAGCUAACGUCCACAUAGUCACGAUUGUGUGAAAUCUACUUAUUUCAUUACAUAGCAGUACAGCUAUUUUCUUUAGGGGAUUUUGAUUUGUGAUUUUUAUCACUAGCAUUUAGAGGUGUGAGACAUGUAUGAAUUAUGUACAUAUAGUCUGAGCAGGAUAUAAAUAUCACAAUCUUUUAUUUUUUAUAAUAUACUUUAUGAAUGAUACUGAUGAAAAAAACAAUGUAUACCUGAAUAUCCAUUGGAAAACUAACUUGAUCUAAAGGUCUACCAUUGUCUGAGUAUUUUGCUUGGUCAAAUACUCAACACCAACAGCUUUAACUGGUCAGAUUUUGGGAAGCCAAUUUGCCAAAAUUGAUACUAACAGGGAGCAGAGAACAACAGGAAUGAGUAGAAACAUUUAAAAGAAAUCGUAGUGAACUUUAUUACUACAGAAAUCCAGAUGUUUAUUUUCAUGCUGUACUUAACAUGCUUUCUCCUGUGCAGCGUGGACUUGAAAUGCUGCAUAAAGGACGAUAAAGGAAUGUCAAUGUAAAAUCAUCAUUGUGCAGUUUAUUUCAUCUUCAUACUCUAUUUGUUUUUAGUGGGUUGCAGUUACCUCAGGAGGGCUGAAAACUGAACAAUACAUCACCCCUGUUGUUGCAGUCUGAUUUUUGAAGUAGCGGUCCCUUUAUUAACCAUACGCGUAGCUAUUUACAGCUGACGCCAUCGAACAACGACCAUAACCAUUGAUGUAAACUGUUUGCCCUGUUUGAAAACAACCUGCUCCAACCAUUUCAGCUUUUCUUUUUCACCACUGGCACAUGGUCUUAUUUCACAGCACCACUCGAUAUCAAACAUUAUACAUCAUUGUGAUACUUUUUAUAUAAUUUUAAACUACAGUUCCUAAUGGUUUUUAAUUAAUAACAAUAAUAAUAAUAAUAAUAAUAAACACUUAACAGCUGAAAUGAUAGAUUGAUUAUUCACAUGAGCACUGAUAUACUGUACAAGUACCCACGUCUCACAGUAACACAGGCACAGCUGGUGUCCUUCUCAAUUAUAUUAACAGGCGGGCCUGGUUUUGAUUUGAUAUAUAAGAUAAUUCUGUCCAAAAGCGCUCAGUGAUUGGAUGUAAUGUGUUUCAGGAAUAUGAAUGUUAGACUUGGGAGUCUCUUUUUUUUUUCUUACUUUUCCAUUAACCUGAUGUAUUACUUUUUGUUUUUGUUUUUUCUGUUUAACUUAAUCAGCUGUUAUGAUCUUCCAAAUGGUCAAAACAUAUUUUUGCAUAAUAGUCUUUUUUCCACAACAGACGUUCUGACGCGUCAUAGUAUGAAAAGCACAGGUGUUACUAAUGUCAUUAAUGAUGACUCUGCUCUGUUCAGGUGCCACAGUGAGUCAGCAUUUAUAACAGCAGGACUCCUAAAACAGAAGCAGCUAAAUGGAGUACAGACAUCAUUAUGAUUUUUUUAUGUACAGCUGUGUUUUUUCCUACUAUGACAUGUCUGAAUGUCUGUCUGUGAGAAACAUCUGUUGUUUUAUACCUCUGUCCAUCGCACAGGGCAGGAGGAGUGUGUGUGUGUGUGUGUGUGUGUGUGUGUGUGUCUUUGAAACCCAGACUUAACAUAAGAUCAAGGGAAUACAGCAGUGCUUACUAACACAACUCUUAUUCAUGGUAAAAGCAUUCAUUGGUGAGUUAACCUCUGAGGUUGUGUUUGCCAAUUUAAUCAAAUGAUGAUAUGUAAAUUAGAUUUUCAUGUUUUUGUGGUGUUUUGAUUAAACGGUCAAUUUCUUUUUCUAAAUCAAGCAGUGGACCAUAAUUCACUGCUUCUGGUUGGCUCUGAUUUGAAUGUAUAUUGACUUCAUCCAAAUGUGACAUCUCAAUGUGCAAAAUGCAUUGAGCUCCACCUAUUGAUGGUAGGUUUUCCCUCCACACUCUGUACUUUGUCAGUCAUCACAGCAACAAUGGUUACCAAAGUGUUUUUUUUUCCAACACCUGACAAAGUCCUCAAACACAUAUUUUAUUCUGGACUAUUUUUGAGUAAUGCAGAAGCUACAUGAAAUGCUGCAGUUGCGCUCUCUUUUCUUAGCUGUAUUAUUUUUAAAUUUGCUUGAACAUCAAACUUAAUAAGUGUAACACUCAAAAGUAUAACAGAUCUUCCUGAUGCACUUACAGUUACCACAAGCAGGAACAAGUACAGACAGACAGACAGAAGUCAACAGAGGAAAAAACAUUUGCUGACCACACAUUGAAGCCUUUUACCUUCCCUCUCAAAAUCGAUUCACUUUUUGAAAUGAUGCUCUAAAAAUAAUUUUGAUAUUGAUUUCUCUUAUGCCGCUCCAACCUCGUGGUAAUGUCUUUUAAUGGUGUUUUUUUUUGUUUUUUUUUUUAUGACCAAUGCACCGACGUAAUAAUAAUAAGCAUAUUAGUACAAGAGUGUGCAGAAGACUGGUGAUUUUAAGUUGCAUCUGAAACAAAUCACUUUCUUUCUUUUUUUUGGGUCCCUUUGCAAUGAAAUGAAAAGGUUGCUUUUGCUUUUCUGCUUGCUGAGGUGUCACUAACCAUAGCUGUAAAUUCAAACUUCUUGUAAUAUUGGGAUGAGUUUAUCCAACAUGCCCCAAACCCAAUCACAGGUCAAUCUACAGAAGGAAUUUGAUGGAACUUGGUUUUUUUUUUUUUUUUUUUUUUUUUUUUUUUACAUGUACUCAAAUCACACAAACAGGUACACAGUAAAAAAGAAAAGAAAAAAGAAAGCACCAGUUGUUUGCUUAAUGUACAUGUUUUGUUUUAAUGCUGUAGGUAUCAAGGUUAAUUGUGCUGUACAUAAAUUGUCAUCUCUGAUCUCAUUUGAUUCCUCCGUCUUCAAAAGGUUGACACUGUAAAACAUUAUUAUUGAUACAUAGAAAUGCAAAAACCUAUUUUAAUACUUGUAACUGCUGAAGACCUUCUGUUUUGUAUGUACAGUAAAUUAAAAGCUGUCGUGCUAAUA